GUGGAUAGGAGAGGCAACCGCAGCGCCAGGGAGGAGAGAGUUGUUUGUUCCCCGCUCACAGAGGAGAGACCCGCCGCCUUCUUCAAAAUGUCGGAAUUUGAACAUAACCCGUUCGCACAGCCCGCCGGUGACAACCCCUUCAAUGAUCCUUCUGUCACACAAGUGACAAACUCCAGUAUAGAAACAGUUGACCAGUACAACCCUUUCCCUGGCCAUCCCACAGAUGGCCUAGCGAGUAACACAACUCCAGCCGCCACCUCUCCCUACCAGCCUGCUGUGUUACAGCCGUCUACAGAGCCCAGUCCAAAGGUAGCGGCUGCUGCAGCUCAGGCCAACUUGCUGAGGCAGCAGGAGGAGCUGGAGAGAAAAGCUGCUGAGCUGGACCGCAGAGAGCUGGAGCUCCAGAACAGAGGGCCGACAGGUAAACAGAACAACUGGCCUCCACUACCCAGAAGCUUCCCCAUCAAACCCUGUUUCUAUCAGGACUUCUCAGAGGAAAUCCCUCCCGAGUAUCAGAGAGUGUGCAAGAUGAUAUAUUAUCUCUGGAUGUUCUACUGUGUGACCCUGUUCCUCAAUCUACUGGCUUGUUUGGCUGUCUUCACCACGGAUACAUCUUACGGUAUGGAUUUUGGCCUCUCUAUUCUCUGGAUAGUCCUCUUCACCCCCUGCUCCUUCCUCUGCUGGUACCGGCCCAUCUACAAGGCCUUCAGGACUGACAGCUCCUUCAGCUUCUUCUUCUUCUUCUUCGUGUUUUUCUGCCAAGUGGUGAUCGCCGUCAUCCAGGCUGUAGGUAUCCCCAAUUGGGGGAACAGCGGUUGGAUCACCGCCUUCACAGCCAUCGGCAAAAACAAAGCAGUGGGAGCCAUCAUGAUCGCAGUGGCCAUCCUCUUCACGAUGUGCGCUGUGCUAACUAUCGUCCUGCUCAAGAUGGUCCACGGCUUGUACCGUCGUACUGGAGCCAGUUUCCAGAAGGCCCAGCAGGAAUUCUCACAGGGCGUCUUCACCAAUAAAACCUUCCAAACAGCCACCGCUGGUGCUGCUUCUGCUGCCGCCCAGGGAGCCUUCCAGGGAAGCAACUAAUGGUACUCCGAGCUAAAAUUAGCUCCGUUCAACAUGUCAAGGUCUAUAUCUUUGAAGGUUUACACAAUUAAACUAAAGUAAGGCUGAAUCAUUGAGGGAGUUUAUGUUCACUGAUAACCGCCACCAAAGUGGCUGCAAAAUUAUAAUUUAACCUUAUAAUGUAUAGACCUUGAGCUAUGUAAGGCUAUGUUAUCCUUUCACCAUCAACGCACAUGCAUUCCCCAUGUUAGCUUUGCUUUUCACACUUGGUGUGUGUCUCCUGCAGACUGACUUGGUCCAACUCUGAUGAAGGGCAGUCAAUGGGAGAGUAAAUUCACACGUGGGAAGCAGGAAUAAAGUUGACUGAUGUCUCAAUGGUUCCUGGCUUUGUAUAUUUUGUGUGCACUUUUUGGCAACGCUCUCCAGUCGUGUGUGUGUGUGUGUGUGUG